AUGCCGUUUAUGAGAGGAGCUGCACCGAUUCGACGGACAUUGGGUUACUUGGAGAAGAGCAAUCUCCUCCUCAAGGAGAAUGUUCGGAUUGUGAUGUUCAACUUCAACACGGAAGGGAAACCCAGUGAUGGAACCAGGUCAGCUAUUUUUGCUGAUGGCUCCAAAUUAGUGAUGGACGUAGACAGUCAGAAGAAAGAUACCAUCUAUGAACAAGUCCGGAAGAUUUUCUGUAAAUCUGAUGAGGUUUUGCAAAAAGAAGCUGUUGCCAAGGAGAAGAAGAGUAACCCGGCCAGUUUUGGUUACAUGUGUGUCCAUGAGUGUAUGUGUGAGAUUCCAGGCCAGGCCCCCUGCCCGGCCUACGUAGUGCCCCCCAAGGAGCAGCGAGGAAAGUUCAAAUUUUUACAUAAAGAUGUUGAGGAUUAG